GAGCGAGAGAGAGAAAACCCUGAUCCGAUGCAACCGGCGAGGGAAAGGGACCUAAACCACCGUGUCCUGCCUCGGCUCCUCAGUCUCCCGUACUGGCGGCUGAAAGCGCGGUCUUGUCGCUGACAUUUUCCCGCUGGAUUUGGGCUUGUAGUCGGAUGCGGGCUUGUUUUGACUGCAGCAAUAGUCCUACUCCCCCCCUCCUCCCCUACCAAUCGAGUAGCGGAUUUGCGAGGGAUCUCUGUGCAGCUCCCCGAGUGACCAGCGAUCCUGCAAGGCACCGGAGACGCACUCUGCACCGCCGCGGCUCCCCACCGCACCGCAAGAGCCUCUAAAGAUCGUAUUUCUGUGAGGAAUUGGACAUAAGCGCCAAGUUUCCGAUUGGAUUUUUUCCCCCUGUGCGGCUACCUUGCUUCUGUCAUCAGAUCGGCUGCAAAUCCUAUUUUCGCUUUUUUUUUUCCUUUUCCAAAGCACCGUUGACGCCAUUUUCCUCGGGGUUUUCUGUCAAAAAAUAUAUACAUAUAUUCUGGCACCGUUUGACAGCUCCCCGGGAGGCUGUCAUCCCAUCCGUCGCUUGUGUAAAAUGUGUCUAAAUGGAUUGUAAAUGAUCUUGAUAAAAUAUUUACACGUUAGAGCCGAGUGUGUGACAACAUUAGACAUGGACUGUCCCUGGCUUCGCUGUGUUCCUGUGGAACAACCAACCCAACCCCAGUAGCUGAUUGACAACAACAAACCAGCCCGACAGACUACUGUUCUCUAUCUUCCCAUUGGCUGGCUGCCACAGCUUCCCCCAUCCUGACUGGCUCUGGCGGGAGCGUGGAUGGAGCCAAGGGAUCUGGUUGGCUCGGCCCGACCCAAAGAGGCGGAGUUACAGGGAGGCAGGGUGGGGCCAAAUGAAGAGGACCAGGAAGGAGCAGGGGGCACCGGUUUGGCGCGCGGCGAUGAUGUGAUUAACGGUGCCAUCAGCGAAGGGGAGGGGCUAGAGGAGCAGGGGGAGGGGCUUCUGGAGGAGCAGGAGUUCUCCAUCAAGGAAGCAAGUUUCCAGGAAGGAAGUCUAAAGCUCAAGAUUCAGACCACCAAGCGCACCAAGAAGCCCCCCAAGAACCUUGAGAACUACAUUUGCCCACCGGAGAUCAGGAUGACCAUCAGACCUCCAGUGGGAGAGGGCAAAGGGGGGCGGCAGGGACGAACAGGAGGCGGGGCAGGGCGGGGCCAGAAAGACGAGGAACGAGGACCCCCGAGAAAAAGGACAUAUGAGCGCCAGUUCAGAAUGCCUGAGCAGAGAGAGGGAGGCCUGCUGCAACUACUGGGAGAUCACACUCCGCCCAAACACCAGCUUCGCAGCUCCCUCCCCCCUGCACACACACUCUCACACUCACAGCAAACACAGCACACCCUCACGCAACAAUUCCAACACGCUCACGCACAUCAACACCAAAUCAAUCCAGACUGGAUCACGUCAACAGCACCUUCUGCAUCCCCGGCCAAUCCUGCAGAUUCUGAGCCAGCCAGAGAACUGGCAGGAGCCAGCAGGAGUGCUUUGCUUGAUCCAACUCAACCUUUCUCACGAACAGCGACACGAAGCCCCUCACCGCAGAGGUCCCUGACUCCAGACCUGCAGUUGCCAGUGGUUACAGAUGCCAGUAUUCUCAACUUGACCUCUCUCAGCAGGGGCAGGGGGUUACAAGAGGUCAGUGAGCAGCUCUUUGGGAACAUCAAGAGGAAGUACGGCAGGAAGGACUCCCAGAGGAUGCUCUGUAAUCCCCACAGUGCUGAUACACCUUGGGGGAGACAGCUAGAGAAAGGAUCGGAGAGCCCAAGUAAUUCAGAGGAGAGGCAGAAGUACAGGCAAGAAGAGACAGCUGAGCAUUUUCAUGAAGAAAGAGAGGAAAGGAGAAAAGAGGAGAGAGAGAGAGCGAGUGCUGGGAGGAGAGGAGAUGAAGAAGACAGAGGGAUGCCCAUGCUGACAGAGGAAGGGAAAGGAAGAAAGAGGCGGAGGAGGCCUUCUUUUGACGAGUCAUUUUCUGUAGAGGAGCAAUUACAGCAACGGCAGGACUCUGACACUACAGAGAAGCACCAGCCUGGGCCCCCAGAACCCAAAGUAGCACAUAAGAUGGAGACUCACAAAAAUGAUUCUCGACUUACAAGUCAGGCUGAUGUCAGUAGAGAGAGGAUAGAAAAAGCGGAGAGAGCAGAUAAAAGCGAUAAAAGAGAAAAAGGAGACAGGGCUGAAAGAGGGGAGACGGUUACUAACGGAUCUGACCCAGACUCAGCUUUAAGCGCAAACAGAAUGAAGAAGAACCCGGUGGGUCGUCCGAAGAUCAGCACGGAUGCCCUGAAACACAGAGAGCCUAUUCACAAUCAUAUCAACAAACCCAAUCUAAACACAAACCCCAGACUCCCGAGCCCAAACCCGAGCCCCAGCCCCAGGGGCAGCAUCAGUCCCAGCCCCAGCCCUAAGCCCAGGGCUAACAUGAGUCCCAGUCUCAGCCCCAGACCCAGGGCGGCCUUGAGUCCUAGCCCUAGCCACAGCACCAGCUCCACAGCCAGUUCCAGACCCACCAAGGCCAAGGACAGGUGGUCCUACCUGAAAGCUAAAAGCCAUGCCAGCCUCACGCCACCACAGAGAGACAACCGGGGUAGCCCCUCCACCUUAGCUGACCCACCCUCAGCCUUCCCCAUCACCCCCUCCAGCCCCCUCUACACCAACACUGACAGCCUGACCGUCCACACACCCAUUAAGAGGAAACGAGGACGCCCCAAGAAACAACCUCUCCUAACAGUGGAGACCAUCCACGAGGGCACCUCCACCUCACCUCCAAGCCCCCUGGCACAGGACGCCGCCGCAGGGCUAAACCGUAGGAGGAAGAUACACAACCAAAACACAUUAGUCCAAAUGACUUCCACAACCAUUAGCGCCAAUUCCAACAGUCUGAAACUAAAGCGUGGCAGGUGUCCUUCCAGGCCAGUGAAUAAGAUGAAGCUUGGGAAAAUGCAGAGCAUCCUGAACGAAAUCCUGUCAGGUUCCAGUCAGAACGGAGCUCUGGCUCUGAAGUCAACUUCUGCCCCUGUUACCUCAGCGAUGAGUGCCAUGGCGUCCACCAUCGAGGCUCGGCUAGGAAAACAGAUUAAUGUCAGCAAGAGAGGAACCAUCUACAUUGGUAAGAAGAGAGGGAGAAAACCCAGAGCAGAAACCCAAGGCUCCAACCCUCCAAAAACCACUAGGGACAAGCCCCCACUGUCCGUCUCCACAUCCAGUCUCUAUGAGAGCCCUGUAGUGCCUUCCGCCACCUUGUCUCCCAGCUCCAGUGCUCCAUCCAUUAGAACAAGCCACUCUGAUGCCACUAUGCCCAGUUUGCAGCCGAUCUCAGCUCUGCCCUCCAAGCCACCAGGCAGGAGCUUCCUCUCCGGGGGGUGGAAACUGUCUCCUCCACGCCUUCUGGCUAAUUCACCUUCCCACCUGUCAGAGGGGGCGUCGGUGAAGGAAGUGACCCUGUCCCCCAUCAGCGAGUCCCACAGUGAGGAGACUAUUCCGAGUGACAGUGGGAUCGGGACAGACAACAACAGCACCUCGGAUCAAACUGAGAAGGGCCCCGCCUCUCGACGCAGGUACUCAUUUGAUCUGUGUGGGUUUGAGGCUGCAGAGGCAGCAGCCCUGGAAGCAUCCAACAAGGGCAGCCGAGCACGCUGUGAACGGCAAGUAACCGCUGUUGACAACUUCCUGUCACAGCAGGAAAAGAAGCAAAAACAUCAUCGGCGGAAGAGGAAGUGCCUACAGAGCCGGGACCAUCUUCACUUUCUCUCUGAACUGGAGGAGGUUGUGGUAAAGCUCCAGCAGCUACGAGUGUCUCACAGACGAUACACCUGCUACCCCCAGCACCCGUAUCCCUCAAUUUUCCGCCUCAACUUCCAUCAUUACUACCCUGUUACCUACGACUCCUACCCCUGCGACUCCAGCUCGUACCUCCGCAGGAGUGCCGAUCUGAAGGCUAAGAGGAGACGAGGCCGUCCAGCCAAAGCCAGCGAGCCAAUCACAUCGAAGCUGCCUUUUGUUCAAGGAUAUGGUUAUCCGCUGGCAGGGGGAAAUUACUAUGCAGCACCGUAUGCGAUGCCUUAUGCACCUCCUCUGAGUCUGGGCUACUUUCCCCCUGCUCCCCCAUUUUACCUGCCCCACCACUCGCUAGGACCUGCACCUCCAUCUCCCUUCAUGAGGCCCGCUGUCCCCCCUCCCAAGGCUUUCCACUCCAGUGGACACUCAAAGCUCCAGCCAGGGGCCAAGCUUCGCAGCACCAGUGGCCCACUCCAGGGGCCCUCUGUAAGAGGAGAGGGCCUGGGAUCUCUAGGCGGUGGCAGUGCAGGUAGUCUUGCAGGGGUUCGUCUCCAUAAGAGGAAGCACAAGCACAAACAUAAGCACAAGGAUGAACCCCUCCUUUCGCUGCGAGACCGACAGGAGUUGGGUGGGCUCUUCAGCGGAGCUAAGACCAAUGCACGUCUCAGCAUGCUGAGUGACAGGAGGGACUUGGCCAGUCAGGGCUCUUCAAAGCAUCUGGAGAAGCAGAGGGGCAGCGGUAGAGGCUCAAGCCUGGGAUCCAGCUUAGGGAUGUUUGAGUCAGACCAGCUGUCCACACACUCUCUCUCUGACAGCCAGUUCCACUCCCGUCAGACUCGACAGCCAAUAAACAGCUUCAUGAGCAGCUACAGUAGCCAAUCGCAGCGGUCGGAGUCAGCUUCUGACCUCUUUUUGGGGUCACGGGAGGACGAGUGUGGAGGGAGGAGCAGGAAGACGAGGCUCACUGUGUUUGGAGAUCAGGGCUUAAUGUCAUUCCAAACUGCCAGGCAGGAGCCAGGACAGAUGAACAACUGCUCCAGUCCCUCCCUCACUGAUGUUCCCGGUAAGCGGAGGUAUAAGCGACGCGAGGUGGAACAGAUCCAGAAGGACGUGAGGAGGAUGCAUUCUUUGAACUUUGAGCAUGUGCAGAAGAUCCUCCGUGCCAAGCGCCUGCAGCGACAAGCCAAAACAGGAAACAAUGUCAUCAAAAGACGGCCUGGGCGGCCCCGAAAACAACCCAUAGAGGAAUCAGAGCCGACUAAUAGGAGGGAGGAGGAUCGGGUUGAUGGUCGGGGUUUGGACAUGUUGGCUGGUAGGAGAGGUGAUGGCAGGACUCUGGGGAUGCCUGUCCUGGAGAGGUGUGAUGACCUGCCAGGUAGGCAGAGCCUCAGGCCAAGCUUGACCCCCGAGCCUCUGGAGUUCUCAAAUCACGAUUCCAUCUCAGCAACAAUCGAGACGGUGGUGCAUCAAGCGCGAUCUGUGCCUCCGGUGGCCAAAGGGGCGAAACGCAGAGGCAGGGCCCACAGCAGGGACGAGUUAUGGGCUCCUUCCAGUCAGUAGACCUGCAGGAGAGGAGUCAGUGCUGUUUCAGAUGCAGUGCCCUUAAUUCUGGGACUCCUUGGUGCACUUUGACUUGUUUCUCCUCUGUGAUUCUUGAGGACUACAGAGGGUCAGUGGAGGAGCAGGAGGAAGGAACACUUCCUUCCCUCUGCAACCAGACAUGAGCCUUUCAAGGAUUCAUUGGACCUUCAUUUACAAUGGCACUAUAUGGUACUAUUUGAUACUGAAUCUGAUGCUAUAAAAGUGUGUGGUACUUAUGAUCGUGUAGGAUAUUAUGUGAUUCUUUAUGUAUCUGAUACAGUGACGUGUAUGGUACUUUAUGAUACUGUAUCUGAAUGUGGCUUUAGCCAUAUAUUUACCAGCAAGGGGAGGGGGAAUGGUUAAUAUUAAACUGUGCAGCUCUGCUUAUUUUUGCCUUUCUGAGGAAGCUUGUCAAAGACGUGGGAUAAAACAGCAGUAAUUAAGCCACCUUACCCUAUUACUUAAUCCCUGUUUCUUUGCUCCCACCCUCAUCUGUACCUUCCUUGUUUUUCUUGCUCUCUCCGAGGAGUAACUGAUCCUUGCUGGCAGCUCCUCACUCCUUGUCCCCCUCCCUUCUCACCCCAAUUCUUUAGCCCUCCCUGGUGCCUGCCGCUCAACUUCAUCUCUCUUUGUCCUCCCAUCUACUCCCAAUCAUGUUUAACAUCUCCCACUGCUUGUGCUCCCUCAACCUACCCCCCCACCCCACCCCGUCUCAUUUAAUCUCCCUCCCUGCUCAGGCCUGUCCCGAGCAGUGGCAUAAAGGCAAUAUGGUGGAUGAGACUGUCCCAGACUGUACAUAGAAACAAAGUCCACUGUUGCCUGCCUUGUACAAUGAGAAACCAGCUCGUAGACAUGUACUGGCAUACAGUAUAUCAAAUAGAAUUGUUGUACCAUAGACAAUGAAAGUUGUGUAUUGUUUUAUAACCAAAAACAGACAUGGGUGCGACUCAAGACAAGUUUGUUUUCAGACAGAAAGAACCACAUAUAUUCAUUCAUACACUCAUUAUUGUGUUUAUAUCCAGGGGGCAUUGCAUACAGGAGGAAUAUCAGGUGUGAUUUUGGUAAACCUUAAAUUGGUUUAUUGCACUAUGAAAAAAACCAUACACUUGCAUCAAUCAAAUGCAGCACUUACAUGCUUGUUCCAGCCUUAUGUUUUGGCCUUCAAUGGUGUGGAUAUCCAUUCCAGAGAGCACGCAUUAUUUUAAUCAAUUUGUAUAUGCAGGCUGCGCAGCCAAAAGCGUAAAAAAAAAAAAACUGAAGCCCGAAGUCUGAAUCGUGAUUGGACAGUUCAGCUGAAGAGGGCUCACACAGUCAGUGUUUUGAAAAGCUAAUCCCAGUCUUUCUACUUAACAUGAUUUUCAAUUCAUAUCCUUGGAAAUAUUUUUUUUAAAGUAAAUCCAGUAUUUAGAUUUAGAAACCAAAGUCUCAGUAUUCAGUGUAAGGAUGUUUUAUUUAAAAGAAUCUAAAUCAGAGUUUGACAAACUCUCCACCAUGUUGGCACCAAUGUAAAGCAUUCCUAUGUGCACUCUAGAAUGUAGCCAUCUUGGAUUUUUGUGUCAAUAUGUCAAGCCUUUGUUAAACUCUAUCUGUGGCUUUGGGUAGUGGUUGGUAUUUUCUCAAUAAUACGUAUUUCAGAAUAUAAGCAAUGGAUCAGUGUUUCUUUGGCAACUUUGUUACAGUUUUGUUUCAGGAGAUUCAGUUUUCUUUGGGUUAGGUGGGAUUCUCAGUUGCAGCAGUUCAACUUGUGCCUUAUGUUUCUUUCUCUCACCAAUUACAUUUGACCAAGUGGCAAAGAGUGCCCCUGAAAAUUGACCCAAAAUAUUCAUGAUUGUGCAUAUGACGCGUGUGUCUUAGUCAUCACAACCCCUGACACUGCCUGUGUCCCUUCACAGCUUCCAUAGUCAGCAUCCUCUGUCACCGGGCACUGAGUCUGUCUCCUCCUAGUUUUCUGACCCAUAUCAUCAUAACAGAACUAGAAGGGCUGGACUGAAGAAUAUAAUAUGAUAUUACUGCAUUGAAUACACACCAUGUACUGGCCUAUAUACUGCUUUAACAGCAGUGUUGGAAACAGGAAGGUCCACUUUAUCAGAUGUGUUUCUAUCCAGAGAUAUUGAUUGUACUCAAUGUCCCAGUUAUAAGUGAGGUAACACUUUAUAUUAAGGUACAUAUAUAUUAACUUGCUUCUAAGCAUGCAUGCAACUCAGCAGCACAUUGUCUUUUUAUUAGUCAUCAUAAAGCACUUAUUAAUGCCUCAUUCUGCAACUAGACCAAAGAGUUUUCAGUUACACUUUCUAUGACGCCCAUGUAUGUAGAAUCAUGCAUCAUAAUCUGUGAUUAGCACUGUAAAAUUAUAGUUAUAAGCACUCAAAAAUAUUAAUAAUAUAAUAUUUGAUAACAAAGCUGGGCUUAAAAGGUCAAGCAUUACAAUUCUUUAAGUUCCCUGGUCACUUACAGACUUGUGUGUUAUAGUUGUGAUAGUUCUAAUACAUUAUCAUCUUUUAUUAUGAAUAUAAAGACUGUUAUAAUGCAUUAUAAUGACUUAUCUUUAAUAAGGAUAAGAGUCAGGGUAGUGGGUAAUGCAUUAUAAGUAUAUUUAUGAUGUGUUAUAGACAGGGCUUGCAAAAGCAAUGUCAGUAUAAGGUAUAAUGACACUUAUAGGUCAUUAUAAAAUUAUUUAUAAUGUGUUAUAAUUAUUGCUAUAAAGCAAGAUAGACAUGUGCUUCUAAGAAAGUGUUUUCCCUCAAAACUCUUAUUAAGUGACAUUAAUAAGUGCUUUAUAAUGACUAAUAAAGAUGCUGCUAAUAUGCAUGCCAAUAAACAGCUAGUUCAUGGUGAACCUUAAUAUAAAGUGUUGUUAAACUGCAGAUCAUUUAUUCUGCCCAGUGUUUAACCAGUUAUUUUAAACGGAUAACUGGUUAUGCACUUGGCAAAGGAGGAACAGAGGAGGUUGUCAUGGAAACCAUGUUCUCCUACAUUGUUGUUUGCUAUGCAUCAGGCCGUGCCUGGCAAUGACCUUAAAAGGAAUUUCUGUUCUGGGUCCACCCUUCGACAAAGAGAAAUAAGUGGUCUUAUUUACUGAAUAAAAUGAAUUCAUGUAACAAGAAUUGUGAAUAAUACCAGUAAUAAUUUGUAAUAAGUUGUGCAGAAAGUGACUAUCAUUUCAUGAAAACUAUAGUUACUGCAGCUCUAUGCAGUACAGCCUUAACCAGAUGUAAAACUACAGUAUUGAAGUGUUUGUUGUAAAUAGUGUUAGUAUGUCCAUCCUGCAUGGAUACCGGUUGGGCUCGGCUAUGCUGGGACUGUCUCCUAAAACCACAGUAGACCUUCUCUCUCUAUUAAGACUGUUCCAGACCUGAGAAAACACACACAAGUGACUCCCCUAAUUGAUUUUCCUAUUCGACAAAUUCUGCUGUACAUUGGCAGUCAUCAUUCCAGUCCGUUAAAGGAACAGUUCACCCCAAUGCAUAUAUAAAAAUACAUAUUUUUUCUCUUGCCUGGAGUUCUUUUUACCAGACUAGACUAUUUUAGUGUGAGUCAUCCAGUUCUGGAGGUGCAGCAGGCCUCUUCUCACCCAUAUCUAUGAGGCUGAUAACCAUUCAACUGCAUGAUAACGUUCCAACUGGGUGGCAAAGUGCCAUAUAGUCCCAUUAUUUUGGAGAGGAAAUAUCUCUAUAUUCUGCACCAAAACAAUCUAGAUUGAUAAACAGCACUACAGGCAAGAAAUGUUUGAUUUUGGGGGUGAACUGUCUCUUUAAAUUACACAGAAUGCUAGAAUAAUUUGCCUUAUCACAAAUUUAAAAGUUCUUGGAGGAUAACAGCCCUAUUGUAGUGUACUCGACCAAAAAUAGGAAUCCCCACUGACUUGCAGCUAUUUUGCCUGCAGCCAGUUGGGGCAGUGCAGUAGCAUGAAGAGUAAGCUAGAGGGUUGUGUGUGCGUGGGGGUAGUUCUCAGAGGAAACAGCCAAAAAUACACUCGUCCUAAAGUCGGUGUGCUUAACCUUGCUUUGCUAGAUGACUUUCGGUGGGUCUGCAGUCUGUUGUGGUGAAGAUGAGGUCUAGAUGUGUGGUCCGUGAGGUGUAGAGACUACACGCUUGGCAGCUUACUCCAUACUGUGGUCAAGUCAGCGGUUUCUGAUGUAAGAGUUAAGGACCCCAGGUGUUGUCUGUCCUGUCUGUCUCUCCUACCAGCCAAUGCUCCGGUGCCUUCUAACACUGACAAGUAUUGUCCUAAUCCAGAGCUUUCACUCUACACAGAGACUGCAGAGGGGAUGUGGCUGUGAAUAGGGUUCAAGGUCACUGUUGUUGGAUUGUAUUUGGCAGCCAGUCUGGACCAGUGGCUACAGGAGGCCCCUAAGCACUGAUGUAAGGACCUUGUCUUCAGAGUGUUUGACCUUACAUCAGUGGUUGGGGUGUAUUUACUGAAGUCCACAUUUACCAGUUCACUACAGCGACUAGAACGGGAUAUAAUGGCACCUAAAUUUCGAUCACCCCCCCAUUCCCUUUGUAGCAUGCUGUGAUGAGUGUCCUACACAUGGAGUGAGGGGUCACGUGAGACAGAACCUCAUAAAUGUACAUGUAGUCAUCCUCACAGCAUACGUUACAGUUCUAAGCUAUAAUGUUGUUCAAAAGCUGAAAGUGCAGAUGAAGCAUUGAGAAAACCAAUAAAUGUACUUCUUUAGAGCACAAAGUGAGCUCUUCUAACAGUGUGGGCAUAUUUUAGUUUGUAUACAUAGUGUAUUUGAACCUUUUUCUAGAGUGGGUUUCCUUUAUUUGCAUGCUCAACUUGAUUGUAUGCAUAAAUAUUUUAGACAAGCCGAAAGUUGAAUUUCAAUUGAAUUUGGAGCAAGACUUGUACAUUGUUUGAUAUGUUUCUUUUUGUAAUGAAUUUUUUAAUUCAUGAAGCAUUUUUGUACAUUGUAUGAAUAUUAAAAACUGCAAAUAUUUGACAUAUAGAGUAAAUACUAGAUGCGCAUGCAUAUGCAUAUAUCCUUCACAGUAUGUAUGUGUAAAUGUACACAUAUAUUUUGUAUUUGCAUUUGCUGGCAUACAGAUAUAUGUCUUAAGCACAUAUAUACAUGCAAUAUAUAUGUAUAUCCAUGUCCGCUGGCAUGCUUUUGGUCAUGUUUAUCUUUCAUGAUCUUGUAGGUUCAUUUUUUUUUUUUCUCUUUCCUCAGAAAGAAAAGCUCAUUCUUUUGCUACCCUUCUGUUGGCUGGCAGCAUUGAGCACUUAUUAAGAAGAACUACAGUUGAAGUUGUUCAUGUUAUCCAUUGUGUGAAAUAAUAAAUGACUUUAUUGACA